CAGGGAAGGGGAUAUGAGUGCCGGCGCCGGGCGGGGAGCUGCUGCCAUUUCUUCUCUGUCCCUGCUCUCCUGGCCUGGUGGGUCUCUGCGCUGGGACCUGGGGAGACCCCUCGGACGGGAGUGGAUCCUGUGACCUCAGCCCCGGCUGGAGAAGGUGCCCAGGAAGGAGCUGCCGGGAUGGCCUACCCGCCCACGUUGGCUCCCUGGCCCAGCGGGCGUACUGGGCUCUGCUGAGCCAGCAGAGGGACCAGAGCAUCGUGGCCCUGGGCCGGAGCGGUGCUGGCAAGACCACCUGCUGCGAGCAGGUCCUGGAGCACCUGGUGGGGAUGGCAGGCAGUGUGGAUGGCAGGGUCUCAGUGGAGAAGAUUCGAGCCACCUUCACUGUCCUCCGGGCCUUUGGCUCCGUGUUCACCGGCCACAGCCGCCGUGCCACCCGGUUCUCCAUGGUGAUGUCACUGGACUUCAAUGCCACAGGCUGAGUCACGGCCGCCCAGCUCCAGACGAUGCUGUUGGAGAAGAGCCACGUGGCCCGGCAGCUGGAAGGGGAAGGCAAUUUCGAGGUUUUCUCCCAGGUGCUAGCCGGAUUGGACCUGGAUCUCAGGACAGAACUGUACCUGCACCAGCUGGCAGACAGCAGCGCCUUCGGCAUGGGCGUGUGGCCUAAGCCUGAAGGCAAGCAGAGGGCGGCGGCUGCCUUCGCCCAGCUCCAGGGCGCCAUGGAGACGCUGGGCGUUUUGGAGAGCGAGCAGAGGGCCAUUUGGCGGGUGUUGGCAGCCAUCUACCACCUGGGUGCGGCGGGGGCCUGCAAAGCAGGUCCUGUGCUAAGCGAUCCGCACCUGGAACCACGCUGACGCUUCACGAGGACUCCAUGGGGUAGAGU